AUGGCCAGCAAAAGUAGAUUUUCGAGCCUGGCUGCGUUCCUUAGCUCUAUAAAAGGCGACCUCGCGAAUAUCACAUCACCUCCCGCGUUCCUUGCGCCAGAGUCAGUUGUGGAGAUUUGUACGUGCUGGGCGGAACGUCCGAGUAUUUAUGUCGCCGCAGCGCGAGAGCCAGACUCACAGCGACGGGCGCUGCUGGUUUUGAAAUGGCUUCUUGCAUCCCACCGGCGGCAGUUUUAUGUUGGGGCCAAUGUCACCGCAGGUAUGAAGAAGCCACUGAAUGCGUUUCUCGGAGAGAUAUUCUUGGGGCAGUGGACCGAUGAUGUCACCACCGUGAAAAGUGUGACCGAGCAAGUGAGUCACCAUCCGCCAGUUACGGCGUGCUACAUGGCCGACGAGAAGUAUCGGGUUUGGGGUGAAGGAUACUCACGGGUCGACAUGAACUUCACUGGCGUUCUCAACGUCAAUCAAACCGGUCACUCCAUGUUCUACCUCGACGGCUUUGAAGAGCAGUUUCUCAUACCCUUCCCGAGCUUCAAAGUGAAAGGCUUCUUUUCUGCCCAUCUGUAUCCAGAAAUAUACGGUACCUACCACGUCGUCUCGUCCUCCGGAUUCAUAUCCGAGAUUACAUACUCCGGAAGAGGCCUUUUCGGUGGAACAAAGAACCGAGUCGAUGCGAAGAUGUACCAGCGAGAUGACGAAAGUAAAACGCCCCUCUACAUAGUCUCAGGCUGCUGGAGCGAAUCAUUUACUAUCUACGACGGAGCAACCGGCGACCUAAUCGAUACAUGGGUUCCCGAGGAUCAUCCUCCUUCGACGCUGGAAGAGGUGCCCGUCAGCCAACAGGACGCUUGGGAGAGCAGAUGCGCAUGGAAAGAAGUCAUAGCGGCCCUGAAGGCUGGAGAUUUCUGGCGGGCUGCCUCGGAAAAGUCCAAGGUCGAAAACGCUCAGCGUAGUCUCAGGAAAGCAGAUCCUGACUAUGUCUCGAAAUGGGAGCCUCUUUUCUUCACGGCUUCGCAUGAGCCGAGGCCCGAUUUCGAAGCGCUGGCCUCAGCUGUGCCUGGGUGGGAAAUCCAUAGCAGCAAAACCAAGGGAGUAUGGAGAUUUGAUAAACAGAAGGCGGGCUAUGCUCAGAGGCCGUAUCACGGUGGACUCGAUCCAAUUGGUUCCGAAGACUAG